GUUCCUUACUGUGCUUCAUCAAGUGAAGAGCUCCUCGCAACAACAGAUCAUCAUGAUUAAGGUAAUUGUUUGGAUGUCAGCGGUGCUGGUAGUAGUGCCAGCGCUGCCAGUUGCGGACGAGCGUCCUCAUCAGUUCGAGCCUCAGCAGCCACUCUACGACCAAGAGCCUGAAUUCAAAGCGCAUCCUAGCCCAUACAAAGAGGAGCCCCCCAAACCGUACGCAUUCGACUACGGAGUUCGCGACGAUUAUUCCGGCGCCAACUACGGACACUCGGAGACGUCCAACGGCAACUCCGUCGAAGGCUCAUACCAGGUCGCCUUGCCCGACGGUCGCAUCCAGAUCGUCAAGUACGUGGCAGACCACAAAAACGGCUUCCAGGCGCAAGUAGAGUACGAGGGAGAGGCAAGAUACCCUGAACAUAAACCCCAAGAAAAGCCUUUAUAUGAACCCCAACCUCACAAGCAGCCUUCCUAUGAACCAGAGCCAUACCAGCCACCCCAACCACAAUACAAGCCACCUCAACCACAAUACAAGCCACCUCAACCACAAUAUCACCCACCGCCGCAUAAGAAGCAAUCUUUCAAGCAAGUCCCACAGUACCACUCAAGCGAGCCAGAACCUAGUUACCAGGAGGCCCCUGAGGACUUGCCCAUCUAUCACCCUGACGUUGGACCAGAAUUCAAGUAAAUACAUAACCUGAGGCCACAAGUCGAGAACGCUGCUGAUAAUUUAAGCUUCGACAGAGAAUAACUGUCAAAAUCGACCUGAGUCACAGAAACUUUAAUCAAUUCGAAGCAACAUUGACGGGACUUCGGAAAUCAAGACACUACAUCAGGUUGAAGAAAUAAGAAGCUGUUUUUAAUGGAUUACAAUUAAUACAUAUACUACACGCUAUUUAUUUGUUAGACAAACAACACUGUUUUAGACGCUUAGGUUUAUAUUGCAAUUGUUUGACUAUUUUUCUUUGUUGACUAUUUAAUAUAAAUUGCAAUCAGGCAUUGAAUUUUGACUGCCUAGUCAUAAAAACGAUGAAAAAAUAAAAAACGUCUUAUGUCUUA